CCCGGACCCGGCGUACUUCUGUCAGCAGCGGUGUGCGACUCUGCGUUUGGCAACAAAAGGCUAUUUUUUAAUCAGGUAGCGACAUUUUGUCGACGACAGUACACUUUGGACCUUUCUCACAGGCAGUUGUCGUUAGGGAUGACACCGCCGCUGUUGCUGUCCGUUGGAGGAAGAGGAAGAGGAAGGAGGUGAUGAUGAUGACAUGCAGUUAGCUGGCUGCCUGGCUGGCUGACGGACGCACGGACUCGAGCCCGCUGUGUGUGAGGUGUCGCCCCACAACCAGAGCAAGAUCGGGGACGACGAGAGGCGAAGAUGCCGCGGAGGAAACAGUCCAACCCCCAGCCGGUGAAACUGGAGUCGGAGGACGGGGAGGUGGCGUGCGAGCCGGGCUGCCUCGUUCUGGAGAGCGACUUCCUGCUGAGUGGAGAGCUGGAGUUUGGAGACUCAGAGAUCAUGGGGCUGGAGAGAGAGGCUGGUAUGACGGUCUUCUCUCUGAGCGUCGAGGACGACCCGUCGGGGCCGCCAGACCCCGCCUUCCCAGCCUUCCUCUCCUGUAAAGGAUGCGGUCAGCUCCUGGGAGACACGCCUCUGGGAGCAGGUUUAGAUCUCGGUGUGGGCCUGGACCUGGGGGCGGAGCUUUACUGUCUCACCUGCGAGGAGGGCCUCCAGCACGACGCCUCCGUCGACUCCUCUCAGGUGGAGGCGUCAAACCCGGCGGACGGAUUCGGCGGCGGCGGCUCGGACAGCAGGAGGAGAAGCGCGGGUAAGGCGGACGGAGCCGACGACCUCCCUCCGAAGCUGUACUCCUGCUCGCUGUGCGCCUUCACCUCGCGCUACUCCAACCACCUGAAACGCCACAUGAGGACCCACGACGGCCACAAGCCGUACCGCUGCCCCGUCUGCCCCUACGCCUCCGCCCAGCUCGUCAACCUGCAGCGCCACGCCCGCACCCACACCGGGGAGAAGCCGUACCGCUGCCACCAGUGCAGCUACGCCUGCAGCUCCCUCGGCAACCUGCGGAGGCACCAGCGCAUGCACUCGCAGGAGAGGCCGCAGCGGAGGGAGAAGGAGAAGAGACGAGCGAGACGGAAAAAGACGAGCGCCGAAGCCGAAGAAGUCGUUUCAGACCUCACCCUGCGAGUGUCCCAGGACUCCGGGUACCUCCAGACGCUGGGGGGCCUCGGCUCUCCCUCCGCCCCGCUCCCCGUCCUCCUCUUCCCCCUGUGCUGCCGGGUGUGCGGCCUCACCCUGGAGGAGGCCGACCUGGAGGGGGACAAGGCCGAUGGGGACGAGGAGGGGGAGGGCGACGGCGGACAGGUGUGUCGUCGUUGCUCGUCGGACCUGCUGUCCAAAGACGGAUCCGGGCCUCCCUGCAGCCCGACCGCGGCCCGUGGAUCCCGGCGGGGUCAACGUGGCGCCAAGCUGUACCGCUGCCCUCACUGCCCCUUCCUGUCCCACUACCCCAACCACCUGGCCCGCCACGCCCACACCCACUCUGAGGAGAAGCCCCACCGCUGCCCGCACUGCCCCUACACCUCCUCGCACCUCGACAACCUCAAACGGCACCUGCGCGUUCACACGGGCGAGAAGCCUUACCAGUGCCCGUCCUGCAGCUACGCCUGCGGAAACCUCGCCAACCUGCGGCGGCACGAGCGCAUCCACUCGGGCGCCAAGCCGUUCCACUGCGGCGUGUGCGGCUACUCCUGCAACCAGAGCAUGAACCUGAAGAGGCACAUGCUGCGGCACACGGGCGAGAAGCCGUACGCCUGCGCCGAGUGCGACUACACCACGGGCCACUGGGACAACUACAAACGCCACCAGCGGAAACACGGACACAACACGGACAGCUGGGACAAACACGCCCCCAUCAACGGCCUCAGCUGGGGCCGAGACGCUCAGGAGACGCCGAGUCACGGACAGGAAGACGCCUAGAUACACUGUGUGUGUGCGUGUGCGUGUGCGUGUGCGUGUGUGUGUGUGUGUGUGUGUGUGUGUGUGUGUGUACACUGGAGCUAAACUCAGGUGCCUUUGACAGACUGAACGACUGUAACGCUGCACUGACUUUAUGGAGGGGCAUUAAUGUGUGUGUGUGCGUGCACGUGCGUGUGUGUGUGUGUGUGUGUGUGUGUGUGUGUGUGUGUGUGUGUGUGUGUGUGUGUGUGUGUGUGUGUGUGUGUGUGUUAAAUGCAGUCCACAGACUCAGAUGUGCUGAUCUCAGUCAGAAUGUGACUUUUCUACCGUGUGCGUGCGUGCGUGCGUUUGUGUGUGUGUGUGUGUCAUGAAGCCGAUCUGAUGAAUUGAAAUGUUUAUUUUUCUCUGCAGAUGAUCUAUAUCAGAUCGAUAUUUUGUAAAUGUGGGUGGAUUUUUUUCACGGCAGCAGGGUGGAGCACCUUCUGAGCAGCGUCCAGCGUGGGUGGGGGGGGGGUUUGUCCUGGACUUGUUUGCUCGUCAGCGGGGUUCCUGUGCAGUGUGAGCCUCAGUCUGAGGAUUUAAAAUGAGAAGGUGCCCGGCUACAUUCAGGAAAGACGAUGACAGAAAAAUGAGAAAACACUGUGAAAUCAACCACAACUUAAAAAAAACUUUAAGAAUUUGACUUCAACACGUCCAGAAUAUGAAAUUUUUAAGAAAGUCGGCCGCUGUGCUGCGUGGAGCCACAAAUGUCUCCUCACUGACCCAGAAGUGCAGGUGGAAGUGAAGCAGGACCUUCUUCAAGCUGCAGAGAGGAGCUUUAUGCACGGGAGUCCCGCUGUCUCAUUCUGUCCUCUGUCGUCAUGGCAACACAACUUUUUAGAUCCAGAUCCUGAAGUUUAAAACCGCUUCAGGCCAGGUUUUUGUGAAAGUCCACCUUUACCUCUCAGACACCAUCAGUUCAGGGAAGAACUCUGGUGAUCAGAUCUACCGGCUCACUGAUCCCAAAACAGUCGAAUCGAGUCCCGGCUCAGAAAGCAGCUCCAGCUGUGAAUUUAUCAGCUGAGCGACGGUUGAUGUUCAGCCAGCGGUGAUGCACCAUUCUGUUUCACAUCUACAUUUCCUGAAAUGUUUGUUUUCUUCCCCAAAAGGAGACGAGAAGGCGUUGAGUUAUCCUAGCUUAGCAUAAAGACUGGAGGCAGGGGGAAAGAGCUAGCCUGUCCAAAGUGUCAGAGAAACACUUUUCCUUUGUUUGUUCGACCUGGACGCGAGCCCAAACUCAAAUGUGUGAAUUGUGUUGUGCUGACGGUGAGGUCGCCAGGUCUGUUGUUCACUGUGCCUUCUUCACACCUCGAAUAAAACAAGUCUGACUGAAGCCGAGUUGAAGCCGCUUCCUCUUUCGCGCUCUCUGUUUAGGAAACACCUGCCUCGCACGCCCAGAGGGCGGAGGGGCGAGCGCGGCGAGGCGAGGGCCUCGAGCUGCUCGCCGCCGGGACGGCUCAGAAAUGUCCCCCGAAAAUCACCCCGACCCACAAAAACCACCCGAGGUGAAGCUGAGACGCUCAGCGACACAAAAUCUGACCAGAACA